AGUUUUUAUUAUUUACUCCUUAAUUGUAUUUGCUGAAACCGAAAAACUCUUGAAGUGUUCUCGCAAUUAUCGCUUCGUAGGUUGUAAAUAUUGUGUUCCAUUAUAAUGCGGCGUUUGAAACCUUACUUUAUGUGAACUUUAUUAUUUUAAUCCGCAUUCAUUUCCUCGACGAUGCCUCGUCGUGUUGGACGGCCACGAAACCCGACCAGUAUUAGCAACAAUGUUAUGAGCGACAACGAAAUCAAGCAAGAACGAUGGACAUUCGCUGACAUUGUGUUGCAGACUAACUCAAUUGAUGCAGCAGUUACUUGGCUGGCAAAACACAGACUCAUAAGCAAUUCUACUGUAUGUCCCACUUGUGGUGACCCGUGUACAGUUGUCCGCUAUCAGCAAAGUUGUGACGGGAGGCAGUGGGGAUGUGCAAAGGACAGGUUUAUUAUGUCAAUACGCGAUGGUUCGAUAUUCGCUGGAAGCCACAUAUCACUACCAAAACUUAUAUGGUUAAUGUACUUAUGGUCAAGAGAACACCAACAAAUCGAGAUGUCGCACGAAACAGAUGUUGGUGAACGAACUAUAUCAGACUGGUGUCAUUUCAUCCGAGAGCGACUCGAAUGGUUUCUGGAAGAUCAUCCGACUGAAUUAGGUGACGAUCCACCUGAAAUUGGUGGAUUCGAUUUAGAUUCAGGUGAACCAAUAAUUGUUGAAGUAGGCAUGUUUACAUUUUUUAAAUCGAAACACAAUGAAAAGAAACACGAAAAAGAAGGACACAUGGUGUUUGGAGGAAUUGAACGCGAAACUGGGAAAUGUUUUCUGGUGCCUAUCGAACAUCAGAAUAAAGACGCUUUCGAAGCUAUUGUCACUCGUUGGAUUUUACCUGGUACCCAUAUUGUGUCUGAUGUAUGGGCUGAAUAUCUCCAAAUCGACCAGAUCCAGCAAGGGAUAUAUACUCAUGAAUAUAUAGAUUAUGAAGAUCCAAAUGAUUCUGAAAUCCACACCAGAAACAUUGACAAGAUGUGGUUAGAAGUCAAGAGAAAAUUGCGACAAAAACAUGGAACUCGUGACAAAGUUACAGUUCAGUCUUUAUUAACCGAAUUCAUGUGGAGGUCUCAUUUUAAGAAUAAUGAUAAAUUUGCUGCCCUAAUUUAUUCUCUCAGACACUUAUAUAAACUUUAAUAAAUUUGAUCUUUUUCUUUUAA